GCGACUGUGGCAGCGAGAGGAGGCGGACCGCCCGCCGCCGGAGCCGCAGUCAGAACGAUCGUCUCGACCGUUACUCAAACUCCACAAACAUCGGAUUCCACCGAGAGCGAAAUCUUACACCGUGGUUACGUUCAGCUCCAGCCGGAGCCCAAGGCUUUCAGCCGUCACCAUGUGGACGAAUACCGCCCUGCUGCUGGCCAUUCUGGGCGCCGCCGUGGCCCAGUUCCAGCGGUCACUCCCCGGCGGCCGGAAGGCGUCCGAGGACUUCGACUGCCCCGAAGACUUCGGCUACUACGCCCACCACUCGGACUGCUCGAAGUACUUCGUCUGCGUGUUCGGCGGCGCCCUGGAGGAGGAGUGCACUGCCGGACUCGUCUACAGUGACGAGCUGCUCACGUGUGACUGGCCGCGUAACGUGCACUCGUGUGACCUGAGCGCGCCGACGCAGCGGCCGCGGGUCAGCACGGUGCUCGUCACUGACCCGCGCACGGCUCGACCGGCACGGCCCACCGGGCGGCCCCGGCGGCCGGCGGUGCCCAACAGUCUGGCGGAGUCGCGGCCGAGCCCGGCGCGCCGCGGCCGGCCGCGCUCCGGCGCCAGCGCCUCCAUCGCCGAGCAGGUCCGCCUGCUGGACAACAUCGACACGAGGCCCGCCGACCUCGACCGCGGCUUCGAGGGCGACAACAACAAGAUCGUGACCCGGCGCCAGCAGAAGCUGCUCAGUCCCAACUCGAGCAGUGGCCGUGGGCGCUUCCAGCAGCCAGCCGUCCAGAGUCUGCAGGGCAACGACGUCCUCUCCAAGUCCACCGACGCGCCGGUGCGCCUCUCCACGCUCUCGUCGUUCUCGUUCGGCAACACCGGCACGCGCUUCCCGCCGCGCCGCCCCGAGCCCGAGCCGCCCACGCGCUUCCCGCCGCGCGCGUCGCCGUCGACGUUCGUGGCAUCGACACGCCGCUCGCUCUUCCCGUCGACGCCGGCGUCGGUGACGCGCCAGACGGUGGGCGCCGCGCCGACGCCGGCCGGUCCCGCUGAGCAGGCCCGCACCGAACCGGCGUAUGUGGCCUACGUCAAUGACACCAUCUACGACGUGUACUACAUCUACGAUGACGACGAUCUGGUGUACGAUGAUGACUAUGAGAAGCCGGCGGCGGCGGCCGGCACUGGACGACCGGCCGAAACGACCACGGAUAAAACGACGACCGUUGAGCCGGAAAGCAGCAGUAGCGCACCGACGACCACGCCACGACGUGUUCGGACUCGACACAGACAGCGAACAAACACUACCAGAAUCUCAAACCCAACCAAUGAGCGUCGACGCCGACUGCGGCUGCCAACGGCAGCAGCAAAGUCCGGACGGGCCAGCGGUCGGCUGGCAACUGUGCGGCCCGCCAGUCGCCUGCGCCCCUCCCUGAGGCAGCGGAUCGCCCGGCCGUCGGCGGCGGUACCCACCACCACCACCACCGCAACCACCACCACCACCUCCACCACCACCGCCACCACCACCACCGCCACCUCCACCACAACCACCACAACCACCACAACCACUCCCCGCAGAGCGCUGCUGCGUAACAUCGUCAGGCCAAGUUUCAGUGUCCCGACCAGCCGCAAGUCGUCUACAGCCGACCUGGGCUCCACGCGCGGCACCACCCUGGGCUCCACGCGCGGCACCACGCUGGGUUCCGGACGUGGCACCACGCUGGGUUCCGUACGUGGCACCACGCUGGGCUCCACGCGCGGCACCACGCUGGGUUCCGGACGUGGCACCACGCUGGGCUCCACGCGCGGGUCCACUGUGGGCUCGACGCUCAGCUCCACACGCGGCUCGUCUCCGCUGAGUCCGUCGUCGCGCAGCCGCGCCUCAUCCACGCUCGUGCCGGGCUCGAGUCGCGAGUCGGCGCGCUCUUCGUCCGAGGCGUCGGCGGCGAGUACGGCGCGCGGGCGGCAGACGUUCGUGCGGCCGAGCGCGCCGGCGGUGCCCGCCACGAGCAGCCGCCGCACGCCCAGCACCGGGCUCAAGUCGAUCGACACGGGCAGCCCUCGCCGCACCUCCGGCAUCGUCUUCCCGAAGAAGACACAAAACUCAGUCGUUAGUAUCAAGCCGAAGAAAAUCAACGUAUGGGGAAAUCCUGCCAGCAGGCCGGCGCCGGUGUACCCACAGCCGGAGCCCGACCAGCCAGCCGAGCGCUGCGACGCUCGCUGCAAGCUGCCCGACUGCUCGUGCGGCGGCACCGCCACCCCCGGCGCCAUCGAGGCCAAGGCCACCCCCCAGCUUGUGCUGCUAACCUUCGACGAUUCCAUCAACGACAUCAACCGCGAGCUGUACGCCGAGAUGUUCGAGACGGGCCGUAAGAACCCCAACGGCUGCCCCAUAUCGGCCACGUUCUAUGUGUCGCACGAGUGGACCGACUACAAGCAGGUGCAGAACCUGUACGCUGACGGCCACGAAAUCGCCUCACACUCCAUCAGUCACAGUUUCGGGGAGCAGUUUUCGACGUCCAAGUGGGAGGACGAGAUCGCCGGACAGCGAGAGAUCAUGGCCGCGUACGGCGGCGUCCGGCUGGAGGACAUUAGGGGCAUGCGCGCCCCCUUCCUCUCGAUUGGCGGCAACCGGAUGUUCAAGAUGUUGUACAACAACAACUUCACGUACGACUCGUCAAUGCCGGUGUACGAGAACAACCCGCCGAGCUGGCCGUACACGCUGGACUACCAGAUCCACCACGACUGCAUGAUCCCGCCCUGCCCCAACAAGGCCUAUCCAGGAGUGUGGGAGGUGCCGAUGGUGAUGUGGCAGGACCUGAGUGGCGGCCGCUGCUCAAUGGUGGACGCCUGCACAGCUCCAGACACGGCUGAGGGCGUCUACAAGAUGAUGAUCAAGAACUUUGAGCGUCACUACACCAGUAACAGGGCCGUGUUCCCGCUGUACUUCCACGCCGCCUGGAUGACGACCGAGCACCACCGCGAGGGUUUCAUGGCCUUCCUCGACACCAUCAGCAAGAUGGAGGACGUGUGGCUGGUCACUAACUGGCAGGCUAUUCAGUGGGUCCGCGAUCCGCAGCCGCUUAGCACCGUCAACAGCUUCAAGCCGUUCGGCUGCGACUACCCGGAGCGCCAGCGCUGCACCAAGGCCAAAAAGUGCAACCUGUGGCACAAGUCGGGGGUACGCUAUAUGACCACGUGUCAGCCUUGCCCCGACAAGUAUCCCUGGACGGGGGCGACGGGCGUCAGCCGGUCCUGAGUCGGCGUCAGCCGGUCCUGAACUGGUCUGCGUCGACCGCGAGCUGACCCAGCUGUCUGCUGAGGCGUCUCCGGAGUGGGCCCGGAGUCUGUCAGGCCCACCGCUGUCAGCGCAUUAUCUCUCUCGCUCCCGCCGCUCGAGCCCAGCUGCCGCUCCCGCCCCUGGCUCCUAGCUGCCCUGGGCACCGGAGCCGGCUGCCGGGCCGACGCACACCUGUCGGCACAUGGUGGCAGCUCCGGCACGCGCGGGCCCCGCCGGCGGCUCGAGGGGCGCGCAUUUAUUGGGCACGGAGACGUGUGUGUUUGUUGAUUGUGGCACUGUCUUCGGCGCCGGUGUGAUGUGCGUCAGAUGAUGCGGGAUUGUUUAUCGCUUGGGUGGGUGGCAGUGUGGUUGGGGUGUCGAUCCAUGGGCCUUCGACUGACUGCGGCCGCAUACUGCUGACUGGUUGACGUUACUCUUUGUCUUAACUUUUGGUAGCAGGGUGAGCGCGUGCUUUACCUGGGGUGCAGGCUACGGGGCGGAUAGCAGGGCGCGAGGUUGAUUACGCGUCUGGGUAUCGGGAAACUUCCACACCUGCACUUGGUUCAGUGCCAAGUGGUAGCACCCGUAGCCGGACUACAGGUGUGCAAGCGUCCGAGUGACGGGGUGCGAGGGACCGGAGUGACGGGGUGCGAGGGACCGGAGUAUCGGGGUGCGAGGGACCGGGGAGUGCGAGCGACCGGAGUGACGGGGUGCGAGGGACUGGGGAGUGCGAGCGACCGGAGUGACGGGGUGCGAGGGGCCGGGGAGUGCGAGCGACCGGAGUAUCGGGGUGCGAGGGACUGGGGAGUGCGAGCGACCAGAGUGGCGGAGUGUGAAGGACCGGGGAGUGCAGGGGACCGGAGUGACCGGGUGCGGGACUUCGGGGUGUGCGAGCGACCGGAGUGACCGGGUGCGCAGCUACGGGGCGUGCGAGCCUGACCGCUCGUGUAACGCGGAGCAGGCUCGCACUCUGCGGCUGAGUGUUGUAAGGAGACAGGGCAGACAGAUAGUGAGACAUUGCCGCACACUUCUCGUGGAACACUAGGGCGCAGCUGUGCCAAGGUCGCGUGCAGUUCAGGUCACUGAACUUAUGAAGGUAGAGUGCCAAUUUUCGUGAUACUGCCCGAGUUGGAGUUAGCGCAGUUACCACCGUAGUUGGCCUGUUGUUCUAGCUUGUGGCAGCCGAGCUGG